CCCUGGACUCCGCCGCGGCAACAUCCAUCUGUGCAUCCAUCCCUCACCCUCCGUCUGGGCACGUGGUCUUGUCCUUCACCCGUCCACCCACCUGGUUACCGACUUACCUGUUUGUCCGCGUCCGCUCACCUGCUUGUGUUGAUUAGGUGGUGAAGUACUGCGAACAUGUGCAUGGCAAAUGGCACUUCAGCGAGGUGCGGGCGAUCUUCAGCCGCCGCUACCUCCUGCAGAACACGGCGCUUGAGAUCUUCCUGGCCUCGAGAACGUCCGUGUUCUUCACGUUCCCGGACCAGGCCACCGUGAAGCGCGUGGCCAAGGCGUUGCCGCGUGUGGGCGUGGGCAUCAAGUACGGCAUCCCCCAGACGCGGCGCGCCAGCAUGAUGUCCCCGCGGCAGCUCUUCCGGGCCUCCAACAUGACGCAGAAGUGGCAGAGGCGGGAGAUCUCCAACUUCGAGUACCUCAUGUUCCUCAACACUAUUGCAGGUCGCACGUACAAUGACCUCAACCAGUACCCAGUCUUCCCGUGGGUACUCACCAACUUCGACUCUCCUGAGCUGGACCUGUCCCAGCCCUCCAACUACAGAGACUUGUCCAAGCCCAUUGGAUCGCUCAACCCCUCUCGCCGGGCAUUCUUCGAGGAGAGGUACUCAAGCUGGGACCACGAACAGAUUCCACCCUUCCACUAUGGCACCCACUAUUCCACUUCCGCCUUCACCCUCAACUGGCUCAUACGACUGGAGCCCUUCACCACCAUGUUCCUGUCGCUGCAAGGGGGCAAGUUCGACCACCCCAACCGCCUCUUCUCCUCCGUCGCCACCGCCUGGAAGAACUGCCAGCGUGACACCUCCGACGUGAAGGAGCUGAUCCCAGAGUUCUAUUACCUGCCGGAGAUGUUCGUCAACUGGAACCGCUACAAGCUGGGCGCCACGGAGGAGGGGCAGCACGUAGACGAUGUGGUGCUUCCGCCCUGGGCCACGUCACCUGAGGAGUUCGUUCGCAUCAACAGAAUGGCCCUGGAGUCCGAGUUUGUGUCCUGCCAGCUGCACCAGUGGAUAGACCUGAUCUUCGGGUACAAGCAGCGCGGGCCCGAGGCCGUGCGCGCCACCAACGUGUUCUACUACCUCACCUACGAGGGAUCCGUGGACCUGGACGCCAUACAGGACCCCGUCAUGAGAGAGGCAAUCGAAAACCAGAUCAGGAACUUUGGCCAAACGCCGUCCCAGCUACUGAUGGAGCCUCACCCGCCCAGGUCAUCCGCCAUGCACCUGUCGCCGCUCAUGUUCUCCGGGGUGUGCGAGGACGUGUGUAUGGUGAUGAAGUUCGUCAGCAACUCCCCCAUCUGCCACAUCUCGGCCAACACCUACCCCCAGCUGCCCCUCCCCUCCGUGGUUACCAUCACCAACAGCCACCACUUUGCCGUUAACCGAUGGAACACAAACUAUUCUGUCAACGUUCAGAGUCCGAGCUACGCGGAGGGCACGCAGUCCCCCUCCACCCUCCUGCCCCUCUCCAUGGACCCCGUGCUGCAGCAAGCCGCGGCCAACACCAGCAGCAGCAGCAGCAGCACAAGUCAGCUCAAGAGGCACCUCGGGGACAACUUCAGCCAGAAGGUUCGCAUGAGGAGCAACUGUUUCGUCACCACUGUUGACUCACGCUUCAUCAUCGCCUGCGGCUUCUGGGACAACAGCUUCAGGGUGUUCAAUACGGAGACAGCCAAGAUUGUGCAGAUAGUGUUUGGCCACUAUGGUGUGGUGACCUCCCUCAGCCGCAGUGAAUGUAACAUCACCAGCGAUUGUUACGUAGCCUCCGGCGCGCAUGACUGUACGGUGCUCCUUUGGCAUUGGAACGCCCGCACACAGAUGAUCAUGGGUGAGGGGGAUGUGCCCACCCCCCGCGCCACCCUCACCGGCCACGAGACGGAGGUGACGGCCGUGGUGAUCUCCGCAGAGCUGGGCCUGGUGGUGUCCGGCUCCAGGGAUGGACCAGUUCUCAUCCACACCACUUCUGGGGACUUGCUGCGCUCACUGGAGGCGCCUGGCGGGUUCCUGUCACCAGAGAACGUGGCUCUGUCUCGCGAGGGUCUGGUGGUCAUUAACUACGACCGCGGACACGUGGCGGCCUUCACCAUGAAUGGGAAGAGGCUGAGGCAUGAGUCACACAACGACAACAUACAGUGCGUGAUCCUGAGUCGUGACGGGGAGUACAUGAUGACAGGUGGGGAGAAGGGCAUUGUGGAGGUGUGGCGGACCUUCUCGCUGGCUCUGUUGUAUGCCUUCCCCACCUGCGACUCCCCCAUCCGCUCCCUGGCCCUCUCCCAUGACCAAAGGUUCCUCAUGGCUGGCCUCUCCACCGGGUCCAUCGUGGUGUUCCAUAUCGACUUCAACCGUUGGCACCAUGAGUUCCAGCAGCGCUACUAAUUGGCGCCACUCACCUGUCCGGGCUGACCUUGACCUCACCUGGUUUGUGACUCACAGGACAUUUUUUUAUUGGUAACAUUUGCACACACACAUACACAUACACACACACACACACACACACAUAUACGUACACAGAAAUUGAUUAUAUAUGAAAAUAGACCAACCUAGACAAUUUAAUGAUAGAAAAACGGACCAAACUCUUCAAACGUGAGACAGGUGUUUGGAAAUUGAUGAGAACAAGCGAGGAGGUGUGAUGUGUGUUUCCUCGCUCCAUAAUUCUCUCGCUCUAAUAGGAAAGUCGAGAUAUGUCCAGUUUUGAGAGAGAGAGAGAGAGAGAGAGAGAGAGAGAGAGAGAGAGAGAGAGAGAGAGAGAACUUUAGGCCUCUCCAGUGAUUUAUUGUGUUGUGAAAGCUUUAGUUUUAAGCUUUUGUGGGUAACUAUUAAUUUAAUUCUUAUUAUUAUCCAAGUAAAUCUUGUAUAUUAUGAUUCACCAACAUUCCAAAAGAGACAGACUUAUUAAAGCAAGCAUUCCAUUAGGUGUUUAUUACACUUUAUUAAUUGUUUUAUAUUCUAGAAAUAAGUAUGUGUGUGUGUGUAUGUGUGUAUGUGGGUGUGUGCAUGUGUGUCUGUGUGCAUGUGUGUGUGUGUAUAUGUGUGUGUGUGUGUGUGUGUGUGUGAGAAUAGACUGUAAAGUACUUUCAAUAUUUUUUCCAUUGCAUGUAUAAAUUUGGUACACAUCCACACACACACACACACACACACACACACACACACGACUAGUCAUUAUGAGUUGAUGUUAUUGAUAUUGUUUCACGACAAAAGCGAGUGGCAGCAGACAACAGACGGGAAACAAACGGACAAAGAAAUCAGAGAGAGAGAGAGAGAGAAGAGAGCACCCUGCCAGGAAAUAUCUAGUCAGGUGAUCAUGUGCCAAAACAAACAAAGUAAUCGAGUAAACAACAUAAACAAGAGGCAGAGAAAAUAUUAUUGUUGUUAUUAUUAUUGGGAGUAGAUUUUAUACAUCUUCCUCUCCUCAAAUAAUAGUUUUUCAUGAAGGGGGAGAUAGAUAGCUUGUACAUGCUUAACGCUACAGAGUGCUGCUGCUGCUUUUAGGCCAACAUGGUAGGAGAGAGAGAGAGAGAGAGAGAGAGAGAGAGAGAGAGAGAGAGAGAGAGAGAGAGAGAGAGAGAGAGAGAGAA